UGCAUUUCAUCAGCUAUACUCACAUCUCCUACCCUCGAAAACAAUUUUCAACAAGUGUUUCCUCAUUUAAUUUAUAAAAUUCGCGUAAUAUUUCAAAUAAUACGGGUAUUAAGUAUCAUAAUGUGUAACAAUGGAAUUACAGGGAAUGUGCUCAUUUCCUUGUACAUAAUUUGCAUAUACUAGAAGCAUAUGUACGUAUGUACAACAGUGCAUUCGAAAAAAAAGAACUCAUGGGUUUUCAUGUGCACAAUUUUACUCAUGAUAUUUUUGCAAAGGUUCGUACUGCAAAAAUCUUGGUCUCUUCAGAUUUUGAGAUUCCAUGCAUCCUGAUUUAACUGCACAUUUACUCGUGUUAAAUAAAACAUUCGUGCAACAUCGUUGCUAAAUAAAUAACUAAAAGCGAGUUGGGCUGCGGUGGGUGUUAAUACGGUCGGAUUGUCUCGUAUUUCGCAGAAGAUUUAAUUAUUCAGUCGUGUUGCAUUUACGUAACAACAGCAUCUACUUAAUACACAUAACACUUGUACAAAGUAUGUGAAAAAAGUUAGAGAUAGCGUAUGUGGAUGAAUUUCUUGUCGUCGAAACUUUUUUCUGGAUAAUUAGCACACAAACUUACAGGAAAAUGCGGAGUAAGUAUCAAUUUUUAAACAAUUUUUCAUAAGGUUGCUAACUUUGGCUGAAAUUCUAGAAAGCAAUAAGGCGAUUCCUUUGGAGUUAAGUCAGGCCCAAAUUUAUAUCCAAGAGAAGUUUCCAAAUUUAAUUGGCAAACUAAACAACCAAUUUCGAAAUGAGAUGAAAGUUAAUAUGUAGAUUCUUCUGCUCAAUCCACUUCCGAUGAAUCACACAUUCUCUAUUUCACAGCAUUCAUUAAUCAUUUCAUUGAAGUUGCACCAAACGUAUACGUAUCCACUACCGAUUGGGCACUCGCGUUCAUUCAGGAAGAUCUCGGAUCCAUAACAAGACAACUUUGCAAAGUUGUCCAUGCAGAAAACUUGGAGCUACGUGACAACUUAAUCAAAAAAGUUGCAGUAUGGAUGGAUGCUAAGACAAGGAAGGAUCCAUGGUCAUGGUCAAGUUCAGCAGAGUUUCAAGAAACAUUACAAAUGCCAACGUCGGCGCAAGCCCACGUGAUAAAUGCUGCACUCGCUUCAUUUGACCAACCGAGCUAUCGACCCAUUCCUGGUGAUAAUCCGCAUCUUUUCCAAGCUUUAGUUGACGAUAUUACAUAUAGUCUAAACGUAGACGAACUCUUUUCAACACUGAAUAAUCAAAUCCUUGACGUUGAAGACAACUGGAAUACAGUUUUUAAACAAUUCAUCUCAUUUUUAGCAGCACAAGGAACCCAAAUGAAUCCAGCACAUGCAGUACGUGCUCUGACCAGAUGCACAAUUCCGUUCAACAAUGACAUUUUCUUUGACGCUGUACAGUUUUCCAACAAUCGAGUUACUGACUCGUCCGCUGCUGCGAUAAAAGGGUUUAAGGAAGUGGCCAAGAAACUCUGUAAGCAAUACAUUAGAAGAGAUUUCUUACAAGCUAGAAAACUAUUCCGUACCGUGGAGGAUAUUUGUCCGGUCAAACGACUUGCUAUUUACCGAGCUGUGAAAUUUCUCAUCAGUGUCCGAAAAGGGGACAUCACUGGCUCGACGUGGGACUUUAAUUCUGAAAACCAGGAACAUAAUGUUUAUCCAACACUUGAGGAAAAGCGACAGAUUGACCAAGGACUUGAGGAAAUCGCUUCUAGCAUUUUUAUUGACGCAAGGAUUAAGAUUGGAGACGAUAUAGAUUCUUGGAGCCCACCAAAUCAUCAUCAAGUGCAAAUUUGUUGCACAGAUUCUCAGCCCAUAAUGGGAAAUGCAGUCAGUCAAUCUACCCCCCUCGGUGCAGCAGCUACCAACGUGUAUGAUUUUCCAUCUUCUCUUCAACAACCCCCAAUUCCAGAAAAUGAGAUUCAAAACUGGUUGCAAAAUGAAGUUUUUUCAGCAUGUUCAAACUUCCAAGAGGAAUCUGGAUUAAUCAACAAUAUUCUUCUAACAUCCCCUCAGAUUUCAACUACUACCAAAACUUGCCCCUCUUUGGAUGAUUUAAGCCCAUCUUUACCGACAAAUCAGGUAUCACUAGUUGUAAAUUUUGAUAAAGUCAGCAACGAUAACUAUCAGGAGUCGCAAAAAUCUGGUGAUAUCAACGUCUCAAGCCUCAACGAAAAUCUUCAAGAAUUUUUCCCAACUCCGCACAGUACUUCUUCUGUUGGAGUGGGGGAACAAAUUACAAUUGGCGAGCACACUUAUCCAACGGCCAUUUGGAAUCAAGCUCAAAGGGAGUUCGACAACAAUGGAACGUUGAAAGCAGGCAAGUAUCUAUUUCACGAAUUAUUCACACAGGAGCAAAAGGAAACCAUGACAUGGAGUGGGAGACAUGGGACACAAAAAUAUCCACAAACUACGGUGAUCGCGAUUAUUGAUGCCUUGAAACACUUUGAAAACAUGUCAGGAAAACCAGAACGAACUCCAGAGCGUUAUAUCGUCACCAAAGUUUUUGUCGAGACUGGAAGUCAAAUACGGAAUCCUAAAAAAACUUCUUCAAAACCAUGAUUUAUAAAAGUUUUACUUUCUGACUUUGACCGAACACUUUCAAUAAAAUCCUGUUGCAUUCUAAUUUUAA